AUGUCGUCGAACGAGACAAUACCUAAACCUAUCAAACAUAUAAGGAAAGAAUCUUUGGAAAGAAGAGAUUCUGAUGAAUGUUCUAUAGCUGAAGAAGGUGAACAUGUACCUCUUUUACCUGAUGAAAAUUAUGAUCCUAAUGAGAAAUGGUAUAAUGGACCUUUGUUCGUUGCUGGAGUUAGAUUGGCAGUUUUGUUCAUGAUUUUCACUUCUAUUGUGGCUGGUACUUUUUAUUGGGGUGUACCUAAAUUGGAAGAAGCAGAUAAAGGGGUUUUGAAAUUACCUAGGUCUUUUGCGGAUUUACAAGCUUUGAAUCACAUGUUCCAAAAGUACAAAGCCCUCUACCCUCUUAGAAUCCUCGCAUGUGGGGUUGUAUCCUACCUCUUCGUCCAAACGUUCUCCCUCCCAGGCUCGAUGUAUAUCUCCAUCCUCUUCGGUGCUGCAUACGGCAUGGCUAGAGGACUCCUUCUUUCUUGUCUGUGCGAAUCGGUCGGUUCUGUCUUUUGUUAUACACUCUCAGCUAUCCUCGCGCCACCCCUGUUGGCAUUACCGUUUUACCGCGCAAGAGUCGAAACGUGGAGAACGAAAAUCAUGGGACCUCCGGAGAAACAGGUAUCGUGGGAUGGAGUUUUCGCUUUUUUGAUAGUAUUGAGGGUAGCACCUUUUCCGCCGCAUUGGGUGGCUAAUUUCGUCGCUCCUCAUUUAGGGAUAAACGUUGGGUUAUUUUGGCUGAGUUGUUUUCUGGGUAUCGCCCCCGUUUCUGUAAUCCACGUAACCAUCGGCUCUUCUCUUGACUCUAUGACCUCCGCCGACGAUUUUCACAUUCUCUCAGUCCGAAACGUUCUUGGAUUAUGUGCCGUAGUAGUCGCCGUUCUCAUACCCGUAGGACUCAAGCGUAUAUUCCGUAAAGAUCUAGGUGAUCUAGAUGAAUCUGAACAAAUAGAUUCAGUUUUACCCGUUUCCCCACCACCUGCCGUCAAUUACAUCCAACCUAUUCAAAUCAUCGACGGUCGACAAGUCCGAUAUCAAGCCGUUGAUUCAGGUUUGGUUUUAGCUGGACCCAGUCAAGGUGAUGGGAAUUUAGAUACUGGUAAGAUUAAUAAAGGUAAAGGAAGAGCGGUAGAGAUUAUCCCUAGGAUUUUAGAAGAUGAUGAAGAAGAUGUUUUUUCUCCUAUUUCCGGUGUGAGUAUUCCUAAGAUUGGUGAAAGGGACGAAAAGAAAUUAGGGAAGAAAGAUAGAUGGGGUCAUAGAGGUUAUGGAACUUUGGAUACUACUCCUUUGAGUGUAUCGAGGGAAGAGAACGCUGCUGCUUGGUGGGCGUUUCAACGGUGA